AUGUCUUCCGCUACCUCGUUUUACGACUUCAAGCCGCUUGACAAGCGCGGCCAGGAGGUUCCCCUCUCCGACUACCGCGGCAAGGUCGUCCUCGUCGUCAACACGGCCUCCAAGUGCGGCUUCACCGGCCAGUACGCCGGCCUCGAAAAGGUCUACAAGUCCGUCACCGAGAAGUCGCCCGACGACUUUGUCGUCCUCGGCUUCCCCUGCAACCAGUUUGGCGCCCAGGAGCCCGGCACCGACGACGAGAUCCAGAGCUUCUGCCAGAUCAACUACGGCGUCAGCUUCCCCAUCAUGCAAAAGAUUGACGUCAACGGCGACAAGGCUGCGCCGCUCUACGAAUGGCUCAAGUCCGAAAAGGCCGGCCUGCUCGGCCUCAAGCGCAUCAAGUGGAACUUUGAAAAGUUCCUCGUCGGCCGCGACGGCAAGGUCGUCAACCGCUGGGCCAGCACCACCACCCCCGAGUCGAUCGAGAAGGACAUCCUCGCCGAGAUCAACAAGGCCUGA